GUCUGCGUGUGUGUGUGUGUGUGUGUGAUGACACACUACCUGACCUCUCAGGUUUCACUUGGAGAAGUGAAGUGAGAGAAAGUCACACAGAGAGACACAUAGACAAACAGACAGACAGGCUGUGGAGACGUUGAUGUGUACUGCAAUAAUUUUGGAAUAAACGACAGAAGCAGGAGGUGGUUGCUAGGCGACGGUGGGAGGAGUCUGCAGGAUGCGAGCAUGGCGCCUCCGCUGCCCCCUGUUGGUACAGAGGUGUUCAGACGCUUCACGCCGGCCUCGCUGGAGGAGAUCCAACGUCGUCACGAGGCCGAGGAGAAGGAGCAGCAGAGGAGGAAAGAUAAGAACAUCGAGAUAGCAGAGGAGAAUCUUCCUAAACCAGCUAGUGACCUGGAGGCCGGGAAGCCCCUCCCAUUCAUCUAUGGAGACCCGCCCCCUGAGCUUCUCAACAUCCCAUUGGAGGAGCUGGAUCCCUUCUACCAAUCACAUAAGACCUUCAUCGUGCUCAGUAAAGGAAACGUCAUCUACAGGUUUAAUGCUGAGCCGGCUUGUUACCUGCUGACGCCAUUCAACCCACUGAGGACCGUCGCCAUCAAGAUCCUCAUUCACUCUUUAUUCAGUUUGUUCAUCAUGGUAACGAUUCUGACCAACUGUGCCCUCAUGACGAUAAGUGAUCCUCCACCGUGGAGCAAGACUGUGGAAUACGUGUUUACUUUUAUCUACACGUUCGAGGCGACCAUCAAGGUUCUGUCCAGAGGAUUCUGUGUCGGAGAGUUCACCUUCCUCAAAGACCCGUGGAACUGGCUCGACUUCAUGGUCAUCAGCAUGGCAUACUUGACAGAGUUCGUAGAUUUGGGGAAUGUUUCUGUGUUGAGGACGUUCAGAGUUCUUCGAGCUCUUAAGACCAUCACAGUCAUUCCUGGUCUGAAGACGAUUGUCGGAGCCCUCAUCCAAUCAGUGAAGAAGCUUGCUGAUGUCAUGAUCCUGACAGUGUUUUGCCUCAGUGUCUUCGCUCUGAUUGGUCUGCAGCUCUUCAUGGGUAACCUGCGGCAAAAAUGUGUCCUGAUACCGCCGAUGUUGCUUAGCAAUCACACAUCCGUCACUGGUUACCAUGGCAACAACACCUAUGGCAACAACACCUUUGGCAAUAAAACAGGAAGCAGUGACCUUGAUUACUACGAGCACAUCAACAACCCAGAAAACUACUACUACCUGCCUGAUCAGCUCGAUGCUCUGCUGUGUGGGAACAGCUCUGAUGCCGGGGUUUGUCCAGAAGGUUACGUCUGUCUGAAGGCCGGAAGAAACCCAAACUAUGGCUACACCAGCUACGACUCAUUUGGUUGGGCGUUCCUGGCGCUGUUCAGACUGAUGACUCAGGACUUCUGGGAAAACCUCUUUCAGCUGACACUGCGAGCUGCAGGUAAGACCUACAUGAUCUUCUUCGUGGUCGUCAUCUUCCUUGGCUCAUUCUACCUCAUCAACCUCAUCCUGGCCGUGGUUGCCAUGGCGUACGCUGAGCAGAAUGAGGCCACCAUGGCUGAGGCCAAACAGAAGGAGGAGGAGUACGCUCAGAUCCUGGAGACACUGAAGAAGAGAGAGGAGGAGCAGGCAGCCUGCAGGGCGGCGCUCUUAGAGAAACAAGAUCCAGAAGUACAGCGCCAUGAGCAAGAACACACCACCAUGGAAGACUUUGAGGAUGAACAGAGGCCGUGUCCGCCAUGUUGGUACGCCUUUGCCAACAUCUUCCUGAAGUGGGACUGUUGUCGCUGUUGGCGAUGGCUCAAACAGUGGCUCUACACCAUCGUCAUGGACCCAUUUGUCGACCUCGGCAUCACCAUCUGCAUUGUCCUCAACACCGUCUUCAUGGCCAUGGAGCAUUAUCCAAUGACGGAGGAGUUUGAGGAACUUCUUAGUGUCGGAAAUCUGGUCUUCACAGGGAUCUUCACAGCUGAGAUGGUCCUCAAACUUCUGGCCAUGGACCCAUAUUUCUACUUUCAGGUGGGCUGGAACAUCUUUGAUAGCAUCAUCGUCACCAUGAGUCUGGUGGAGCUGGGAUUGGCUAACGUUCAAGGCCUGUCCGUGCUGCGUUCCUUCCGAUUGAUGAGGGUGUUUAAGCUGGCCAAAUCAUGGCCGACCCUCAACAUGUUGAUAAAGAUCAUCGGGAACUCUGUGGGUGCUCUGGGGAACCUGACUCUGGUUCUCGCCAUCAUCGUCUUUAUCUUUGCUGUCGUCGGCAUGCAGCUGUUUGGAAAGAACUACAAAGACUGCGUCUGCCGCAUCGCGCUCGACUGCGAGCUUCCACGUUGGCACAUGCAAGACUUCUUCCAUGCUUUCCUCAUCAUCUUCAGGAUCCUGUGUGGAGAGUGGAUCGAGACCAUGUGGGACUGCAUGGAGGUCUCAGGACAGACCAUGUGUCUUAUCAUCUUCAUGAUGGUUCUCGUCAUUGGUAACCUGGUGGUCCUGAAUCUGUUCCUGGCCUUGUUGCUGAGCUCGUUCAGUGGUGACAAUCUUGCAGCUCCAGAAGAAGAAGGGGAAAACAACUUGCAGAUCGCCAUAAACCGGAUCAACAGGGCUGUGGCCUGGAUUAAGACCUGGAUCCUGGACCAUAUCUGGACUUUACUGGGAAAAAAUAACCAUGUCAACCCAGAACAGACCGUGGUUGAUGGAGAAGAAAACGACGGGACGGUUAAAGAGGUUUUGCUGUUGACCUCUGUGACCUCUGUGACCUCAGACCAGUCAGUGUCUGAGCCCCUCAGCUGUAACCAUGACAACCUGAUUACCAGCAACUACCACAACAUCGCCUCCCUGAGGGUCCCCAUCGCAGAGGCCGAGUCAGACUUUGAGACACCUGACAAUGAUGAUGAUGAUGAUGAUGAUGAUGAUGAUGAACUGGAUGAAAAGGAUGACGAUGAAGAGGAGGAAGAGAAACAAUCCAGAGGGGACGAGUCGUCGACCUGCAGCACCGUGCAGAAACCUCCCGAAGUUCAGGAGGACGAAGAACAUGAAGAUCGCGAUGCAAACACACCUGAAAACUGCUGGAGUGACAAAUGUUACCAGCGCUGUCCAUGCCUGGACAUAGACACGUCCCAGGGCCGAGGGAAGGUCUGGUCUAACUUCAGGAGAACCUGUUUCUCCAUUGUAGAACACAACUACUUUGAGACCUUCAUCAUUUUCAUGAUCCUGCUGAGCAGUGGAGCUCUGGCGUUUGAGGACAUCUACCUAGAGCAGCGUCGGGCCAUAAAGACGAUUCUGGAGUAUGCAGACCAGGUGUUCACCUACGUGUUUGUGGUGGAGAUGGCUCUCAAGUGGGUGGCUUAUGGAUUCAAGACGUACUUCAGCAACGCCUGGUGCUGGCUCGACUUCCUCAUUGUAGAUGUGUCUCUGGUGUCUCUGACAGCAAACAUCCUGGGAUACUCUGAGCUGGGAGCUAUCAAGUCUCUCAGGACUCUGAGAGCUCUGAGGCCCCUGAGGGCCCUGUCUCGCUUCGAGGGCAUGAGGGUGGUGGUAAAUGCCCUGGUCGGAGCGAUCCCCUCCAUCUUUAAUGUGCUGCUUGUGUGUCUGAUCUUCUGGCUGAUCUUCAGCAUCAUGGGGGUGAAUCUGUUCGCAGGAAAGUUUUAUCACUGUUUCAAUGAGACGUCUGAGGAGAUGUUUGAUGCUGCAGAUGUCAACAACAAGACUGAAUGUUUGGCUCUGAUCGAGUCAGACUUCACUGAGGUCCGCUGGAAAAACAUUAAAGUCAACUAUGACAACGUCGGGAUGGGCUACCUGUCACUGCUGCAAGUGGCCACAUUUAAAGGGUGGAUGGCUAUCAUGUAUGCAGCGGUGGACUCCAGAGAGGUGGAGUCCCAGCCGAUGUACGAAGCCAAUCUGUACAUGUACCUUUACUUUGUCAUCUUCAUCAUCUUCGGCUCCUUCUUCACUCUAAACCUCUUCAUCGGAGUCAUCAUAGACAACUUCAACCAGCAGAAAUCAAAGAUGGGAGGAACAGAUAUUUUCAUGACGGAGGAGCAGAAGAAAUAUUAUAAUGCCAUGAAGAAACUGGGCUCCAAGAAACCUCAGAAACCUGUUCCACGACCUGAGAACAAGUUCCAGGGUCUGGUCUUUGACCUGGUCACCCAGCAGUUCUUCGAUAUCUUCAUCAUGGUGCUGAUUUGCCUCAACAUGGUCACCAUGAUGGUGGAGACAGACGAGCAGAGUGCAGAGAAAGAAAUGAUCCUGUACUGGGUCAACCUCUGCUUCAUCGUCGUCUUCACCACAGAGUGCUCUCUGAAGGUCAUCGCACUGCGGCAGCAUUAUUUUGCUGUUGGCUGGAACAUUUUUGACUUUGUGGUCGUCAUUCUGUCCAUCGUAGGCCUCCUCCUCGCUGACAUCAUAGAGAAGUAUUUUGUCUCACCCACACUCUUCCGUGUGAUCCGAUUGGCUCGUAUUGGCAGAGUACUCCGCCUCAUUCGUGGAGCCAAAGGUAUCCGGACGCUGCUUUUUGCCCUGAUGAUGUCACUUCCUGCCCUCUUUAACAUCGGCCUGCUCCUCUUCCUCAUCAUGUUCAUCUUCUCCAUAUUCGGCAUGUCGAAUUUUGCCUAUGUGAAGAAGGAGGCCAUGAUCGAUGACAUGUUUAACUUCGAGACAUUCGGGAAUAGCAUGAUCUGUCUGUUUAUGAUCACUACGUCAGCUGGCUGGGAUGGGCUGCUGAAUCCCAUCAUGAACACACCGCCAGACUGCGAACCCGACGUGGAGAACCCAGGGACGAUGGUCAGAGGGAACUGCGGCAGCCCAGGGAUCGGCAUCGUCUUCUUCACCACCUACAUCAUCAUGUCCUUCCUGGUGGUGGUCAACAUGUAUAUCGCCAUCAUCCUGGAGAACUUCAAUGUGGCCACGGAGGAGAGCGCCGACCCGCUGUGUGAGGACGACUUUGAGAUGUUUUAUGAAACCUGGGAGAAGUUCGACCCCGACGCAUCACAGUUUAUACAGUACAGUAAACUGUCAGAUUUCUGCGACACUCUGAAGGAUCCUCUGAGGAUCUCCAAACCAAACACCAUCAAACUGAUCCAAAUGGAUCUGCCUCUGGUCCCUGGAGACAAGAUCCACUGUCUGGACAUUCUGCUGGCCCUCACUGCACAGGUGUUGGGUGAUUCAGGAGAGAUGGACGCUCUCAAAGCCAGCAUGGAGGAGAAGUUCAUGGCCAACAACCCAUCAAAGGUGUCGUAUGAACCAAUCAGCAGCACCCUGCGGAGAAAACAGGAAGAGGUGGCGGCGACAGUGAUCCAGAGAGCGUACAGGAAGCACCUCCUGCAGCGGACAGUCAAACUGGCGUCUUACAAGUAUCGAGAGAAGAUGGACGGGCGGCGAGACAAGGAACCACCGCCAGAGACAGAAGGACUGCUCUGUAAACGGAUUAGUCAGCUGUACGGACACGACGGAGACACAGACCAACCUGUAUCAGGUGUCUCAGGUGAGGAUGGCCCUGCCCGGGUGGAGCUACAGACUGAGUUUCUCCUCCAUGCUGCUCCACCCUUCAACACCUGCGACUUCCUGCGAGAUGAGAACCUGAGGGAGUCUAUCGUGUGA